CCCAGCUGCAGCCCGCCGGCUCGCCAGUGCAGCCGCGAUGCCCCGGAGCCCGAGCCCGACCCCGGCCCGGGUCCCCGGCCCACCGCGUAUUUAGCCUCGUGCGUCCCGAGCGCGCCACCGCAACGCCGCGCCCCGACGCAGCUAUGGGCAACACUGUGCACAGGACCCUGCCAGACUCGAGCCCGCCGGCACGCCUCCUGGCCACCCGGCCUUGCUGUGGCCCCGGCCCGGAGCGGCGCCCGGUCCUGGGCGAAGCGCCGCGUUUCCAUGCACAGGCCAAGGGCAAGAACGUGCGGCUGGACGGCCACUCGCGCCGGGCCACGCGGCGCAACAGCUUCUGCAACGGGGUCACGUUCACGCAGCGGCCCAUCCGGCUAUACGAGCAGGUGCGCCUGCGCCUGGUGGCCGUGCGCCCGGGCUGGAGCGGGGCGCUGCGCUUCGGCUUCACGGCGCACGACCCAUCGCUCAUGAGCGCCCAGGACAUCCCCAAGUACGCCUGUCCCGACCUGGUCACGCGGCCCGGCUACUGGGCCAAGGCGCUGCCCGAGAACCUGGCGCUGCGCGACACUGUGCUGGCCUACUGGGCGGACCGCCACGGCCGUGUCUUCUACAGCGUCAACGAUGGCGAGCCCGUGCUCUUCCACUGCGGUGUGGCCGUGAGCGGCCCUCUCUGGGCGCUCAUCGACGUCUACGGCAUCACCGACGAGGUGCAGCUCCUCGAGAGCGGGUUCGCCGACACGCUGACGCCCGCGCGCCUCGGCCAGGCCCGCUUCAGCGCCUGCCUGCCGCCCAGCAGCCACGACGCGGCUAACUUCGACAACAACGAGCUCGAAAACAACCAGGUGGUGGCCAAGCUGGGCCACCUGGCGCUGGGCCGCGCCCCGGGCCCGCCGCUCGCCGACCACGCGGCCGCAGCCAUCCCGUGCGGGCCCCGCGAGCGCCCGCGGCCCUCGUCGUCACCGGCGCUGCUAGAAGCCGACCUGCGCUUCCACGCGACGCGCGGGCCCGACGUGAGCCUGUCGCUCGACCGCAAGGUGGCCUGCGCGCCGCGGCCCGACGGCGGUCGCACGCUUGUCUUCUCCGAGCGCCCGCUGCGGCCCGGUGAGAGCCUCUUCGUGGAGGUGGGCCGCCCGGGGCUGGCGGCGCCCAGCGCGCUGGCCUUCGGCAUCACGUCAUGCGACCCGGGCGGGCUCCGCGCCGCCGAGCUGCCCACCGACCCCUACGCGCUGCUCGACCGCAAAGAGUACUGGGUGGUGGCGCGCGCCGGGCCCGUGCCGAGCGGGGGCGACGCGCUCAGCUUCACUCUGCGGCCCGGCGGCGACGUGCUCCUGGGCGUCAACGGGCGCCCGCGCGACCGCCUGCUGUGCGUGGACACCACGCAGGCGCUCUGGGCUUUCUUCGCCGUGAGCGGCGGCGCCGCAGGCCAGCUGCGCCUCCUCGGCACCCUGCAGUCCAGCCCUGCGACCACAUCCCCAUCAGGAUCCCUCAGCGGCUCCCAGGACGAUAGCGAUUCCGAUAUGGCCUUCAGUGUCAACCAGUCCUCCUCGGCAUCUGAAUCAUCCCUGGUGACGGCCCCCAGCUCCCCACUGAGCCCACCAGUGUCCCCCGUGUUCUCCCCACCGGAGCUGGCGGGCAGCAAGAACAGCGAGUGCGCGGUGUGCUUCGAUGGCGAAGUGGACACAGUCAUCUACACGUGUGGACACAUGUGCCUGUGCCACGGCUGCGGCCUGCGGCUCAAGAGGCAGGCCCGGGCCUGCUGCCCCAUCUGCCGGCGGCCCAUCAAGGACGUCAUUAAGAUCUACAGGCCGUAGCCUGGCCCGCCGACGGCCUUGACCAGAGCAAGGUCACCUUUCUGAAGCCCACCCCCACCCCGGGCCGGGCGAGCACCAUGGCUGCCGGGGAGUCCAAGGGCAGCAGCUGCCUUGCCUGCCGCUCUCCAGUGGUGGGCAAGGCGUGACAGUCGUGGACACGAGGCCCCCGGGGGUCUCAGUCCAAGCGAGGGUUGCUUCUGGCUCGAAAGUGCUUUGCCCCCAAAAGGCCGUCCUAAGAGCAAGCUCAGGAACUGCCUGGCAGACUGCCCUGUCCCCCGGUGACCUCUCAGCUGAGAAAUGGCGUCCUCUGUGCAAUGCCUUUUGCUGGGGUUGGGUUGAGUGUGUGUGAGAGAGGGGGAGGGGAGGGAG